AUGGGUGUUGGUAAACCUAGAGGUAUUAGAGCCGGUAGAAAAUUGGCUAGACACAGAAAGGACCAAAGAUGGGCUGAUAACGAUUUCAACAAGAGACUUUUGGGCUCCAGAUGGAGAAAUCCUUUUAUGGGUGCUUCUCACGCUAAGGGUUUAGUCACUGAAAAGAUCGGUAUUGAAUCUAAGCAACCUAACUCUGCCGUCAGAAAGUGUGUUAGAGUUUUGCUCAGAAAGAACUCCAAGAAGAUCGCUGCUUUCGUUCCUAUGGAUGGUUGCCUUAACUUCUUAGCUGAAAACGACGAAGUCUUGGUUGCUGGUCUUGGUAGACAAGGUCACGCCGUCGGUGAUAUUCCGGGUGUUAGAUUCAAAGUUGUUUGUGUCAAGGGUAUUUCUCUCUUGGCUCUUUUCAAGGGUAAGAAGGAAAAGCGUUGA